AUGUUUCCCAACUUCGAUGGGGGCAAGAGCAUGGUGGAGCAGAUUGGUUCACUGGAAAACCUUGUUCGGGAGUACGAGAUCGCUUCAGGAAAGACCUACGAUCGAGAUUUGUUGAUGGGAGUUUUGCUUCGAUGUUCACCGAGGGCGAUUCGAGACCACCUUACUUUGACAAUGCCCGAAGGAACAAACUACAUGUCAGUGAAGCAAGCGAUUCUUUCAUACGAGCAAAGCAGCAAAACUUGGGAUUACCAGACGGUGUUGAAGCAAAAGACCUUGCAGAACACAGCGAGCAGUUCGAAUGCAGAUCAAGGACCAGCACCAAUGGAAGUGGAUGCAGUGUACGAGAAAGGAGGAGGAAAAGGAAACAAAGGCAACAAAGGAAACAAAGGAGGAAAAGGAUCCUACUCGUGGUCAAGCUUUGGAGCAGGAUUUCGCCAAUGGAGAAAAGGUGGACGAAAAGGAAGCUACAAAGGAGGAAAGAAAGGACGAGGCAAAGGUUUCCACAAAGGAGGAAAGAAAGGCGGAAAGAAAGGUGGAAAGCAUGGCAAAGGAGGAAAGAAAGGUGGAGGAAAGAAGUUGGACAGAGAUGUUUGCCGAUUCUGCAAGCAGCGAGGACAUUGGGGAAACGAGUGUCCAAACCGCAAUGUUCGAGAAGUGCAGGCGAGCGAGGCCAGCACCGAGGUACCCCACUCGACAGUCGAGUCUGUUACUCCGUCGCAGAGUGCGAGCCAAUACAGGAUAAGGAGAGUGAGGAACAUUGAUUUCCAUCACAUUGCGAACACACCACCUGACGGCACAGAGCACUAUGAGCUUAGCGAAGUUUCAGAAGAAGAAGGUGAUUGGUUCACCAGAAGGAUAGAGGUGCAAGGACCAGAGUGCUACUACAUCGGGGAUGAGAGUGAGAACAAACAAGAUCAUGAGAGUGAUGAGCUGUAUCAAUGGUAUGAAAACAGCUUGGAAAGAGUUCAAGGAGGAUUGGGACCUCCAGGAGGAUUGGAACCUCUGAAUCAAGGAGGAUUGGAACCUCUGAGUCAAGGAGGAUUGGAACCUCUGAGUCAGGGAGGAUCGGAACCUCUCAAUGUGCGAAUGGUCCAGUUGGACACAAAGCAACACGUGGUGAUCUUGGAUUCAGGAGCAGAUGUGAGUUUGUUACCACGAAGAUUGUCGGAUGCAGGCGUCGAAGUUUCGACCCCAACCUCUCUGAGGUUGCAAGACGCACAAGGGGGUGCGAUGCGAGUUGAAGGUAUGCGGCGAGCAGUUUUGCAGUUCAGUAGCUGCAGUGUGACUGAGGACUUUGUGUUGUCGGACACCAAUAACAUCUUGCUGUCUUUAGGAAGGCUACUCAAAAAUGGAUGGAAGUUUGUGUCAGUGGGAUGCAAACAGCGCCAGGGGGGCGAGACCUGGGGAGAAGAAACCCAGGCGGGGGAACUUGUAUCUCCCGAUGGUAAGGCACGGGUGCCUGUGGAAUACCAGAGGAAUAGCUUGAGAUUGACAGCGGAAGUUAGAGGAGUCGAGCAAGUCAGGGCAGUCAAGGUGACUUUGGCCUAUGACUUUGGUAAAGUCCCAGAGAAGGAUUGGAGCCUUCUACCAAAUGGAACGCCAGUCCAUCGCCAUUUUGGACUUGAGUUUGUAAAGCCGCCGACAGGUACUUGGAAGUACAGGACCACCAUCGUGAAGGUGAGCAACGAAUGGGAAGUGAUUGAAGCAACGGAAUUGCUCGAGCGAAAAUCCGACUUGGAAGAUCGAAUACCGGGAUUGCUUUUUCGAUCAGAAAUUCUCACAUUCUUGCACAGGACACCAGAGUAUCUGGACAAGUGCUUGGUAGAAGAGGUAGCACCAGAAGAAGCACCAAAGGAGGAAGAAAAGAAGAUGGAAGAGGAGCCAGAAUGGUUUGGAAGAGAAAGAGGAGCUCCAGAAGAGUUGCAGGUGCCAGUGCCGAAAGGAGUUGUGAAGCAGCAAGGAAAGGCAGGAGGACACCAAGAGUUGGAACUCGACAUGGGAAGUACUAUUGUGGUGAAUGGAGAGUCACUCACAGCAACGAGUGAGAUUGAGAAGCUGCGAGAAGGUUGUCGGUAUUUGGGUUUGAGCGUCUCAGGGUCAAAGGUGAAGAUGUUCAGGAGACUGUGCAACUACCUCACCGAAGACAGAGAUGAGGACGCAGAAGAAGUUGCAGACAGGCUGAGGAAGCAAAGGCCCAAAGCAAGAACAAGACCCGGAGUGCCCGAACCGACAGAAGCAGAGAUUGAAGAGCAUAUGGCAACCCACAUGCCAAUGCAACCAUGGUGUGAUUUCUGUGCAGCGGCAAAGUCGAAACAGGACCAUACCCCACAAAGCAGUGAAGCAAAGUAUGAAGACCCAGGAAAGCCAGUGAUCCAGAUGGACUUCAUGUACAUGGGUCAGAACAGUGUGAGUCUGAUCAUUCUUGAUUCAUGGACUCGAUUUUCGUGGGCGAUUCCAGUGCCGGGGAAAGCACCGACGAAGAAGUUGGCCGAGAAAGUGGUGAAGUUUUCUCUCGAGAUGAACUACAUUUCCGAAGAAGUUCUGUUUGCGAUUGAUGUGGAGCCAGCGACAACAGCCUUACUGGAUUUGAUUGUAGCAAUACGACAAAAGUUAGGCUACAAGGCUGGAAAGUAUCCAAACAAGCCCUACCACAAAGGAAGAACAGCGAGAGUGGAACGCCACAUUCAGAACCUCAGGAGACAAAGCCUCACGAUGAUUGAAAUGGUCGAGGAUCGGAUUGGGGAAAAGAUUCCUGAAGAUCAUGCUUUACGAGCGUGGGCAAUUCACCACGCAGCAUGGUUGUUCAACAGGUACCACCUACACUCAGGGACGCAGAGUACAGCUUUCCAAUUGGUCUACGGGAGACCAUACCAAGGGCAGAUUUUACCCUUCGGAGAGUAUGUGUUUGGUCUGGCCAAGCCUGGAGGAGUGAAGAAUCGAUCCUUGUGGACAGGAGGAAUAUGGGUUGGAAAGGACGACCGGGACAUGGACGUGAUUACAUCAAAAGAUGGGAUCUUUACGUCAAGAUCUGUGCGGCGCACACAACCAGCGUGGCGCGCACGUGAGACCCUUCAACUUCAGGGUUCUCCUUGGACGAAGAAAGCCCCAAGGCUAGGGCACACCGCGCAUGCGGCACCGUUACCGAGAAUCGUGGAAGAACCAGGCAAAGAGAAAGAAGGAGGAGAAAAUGAGCCAGAGCCAGCAGGAGAUGAAGCAGGAUCUGAUGUGGAAAGUUCAAAGCAUGACACAAUCAGUGAUCUAUUGCUGAGCAGUGGUCAACCUACACCUCGAAGUUCAUCAACGGAUUCCAACCAAGGCGGGGGACAAAAGAGAGAAACUGAAGGAGAAGAAAGAGAGGAACCUGCGAAAGCUAGUAAAACAGCAGAUGCUGAGGAGCCACCAACGAAGCAACAAAAGACUGCGGAAAGUUCACCUACAAGUGCUGAUCCUGGAAGUCCGAAAGGAAGUCUAUUUCCACCGUUGUACGCCGGACAGGUAGAAGAACAGGAAGACGAAACAGGAUAUCAUGAAGAUGACCUUUGGGAAGAAAGAGUCUGGAAGGAAUGCGAAGAGGAAUAUGAAGCGGAUAGUGAAGGAGAAGAAGAAGAUGAGGAUCGACCACCGAAAGUCAGCGAAGAGGAACUUGAAAGAUUGGAUGCAGAGGCAGGAAAAGCUGAACUUGACAAACUCGCCAACAUGAAGGUUGUGAAGACGAUCAAGAAGGAAGAGUGUUCAGAGGAAGGUAAGUUUCUGACACUAAGGACAGUUUUCGAUUGGAGAAAGAGAGAUGGAGUUUGGAAGCGUAGAUGCAGAAUUGUGUGUCGGGAAUUCCGUGCGGGAGCCCAGAGCACGGAGGAGACUUUUAGUCCUACGUCAGGACACGCAGCAGUGCGAAUGAUGUUUCUUUUUCAUCUCAUCUACAAUUGGGAGCUUACAGUUCUUGACAUUCGUGACGCAUUCUUGCAAGUCAAGCAGAAAGCUCUGAUGUAUGCUGAUAUCUCACCGUGGAUUCGAACACUACUUGGUUUGGAUGAAGACCAUGUAUGGAAAGUGGAGAAGUGUCUGCCAGGGCAAAGAUCACACCGAGUGAAGAAGAUUGCAGUGUCGAUUCAUGUCGACGACGAGCUAGUUGCAGGUGCAAAAGGCGAAGGAAGAUGGCUGAUAUGCGAGCUAGAGAAGUUUUUCAAGCUCACAGUUGAGGGACCGUUCCCAUCCCACCGGGGAUCGGGAGAACAGCUUCAUUACCUGAAGAGGACCUAUGAGUUCCUUGAAGAAGGAAUUUUGGUGACAGUGUCGAAGAAGCACUACGAGAAGCUUAGAGGACUCUACAAGCUGGGGAACCGAAAGCCAAGACAAACCCCAGAGCACCAGCUGAUUGGAACAGUGGACAAUUCCAAAGAACUGGAGGAGAACGAGUGCAAGAAGUUUCGUUCAGCGUUGGGAACACUGUUGUACAUUUCCCAAGACCGAUGGGAUUUACAGCAUGUGACGAAGUGUUUGGCAAGUAAGAUGUCGAAGCCAACGGAACAAGCGUUAACCUGUUUGAAACAAGCUUUGCUCUAUGUGCAAGGAACAGAGCAACUGGGAUUCCUACUGAAGUACACAAAGGUUGGAAACAAGAUGAUGGAUGCGAUCUAUCAAAGAGAAGAGCAAGAAGAAGAAGACGAAGAAAAGAAAGGAACACACAGUAUGGAAGUAUUCACGGAUGCAGAUUGGGCAUCAGACCGUGAAGCGAGAUGGUCUACAUCAUCAGUGAUUGAGUAUCUCGAAGGAGAUUUCUCAUGUACCAUAUUGGAGCCAUGGUGUGGAAUGGAGAAAGUCAUGAGCGUUAUGGGAAAGAAGAAGCAAUGGAACAUGUGGCAGGUGAAGUUUGCCGAAGCCAAGUUCGAGCACUACGACAGCCAGACGAUUUUGGAGGACGAGAACGAGAAGAACGAGAAUUUGUUUUCAUCUAUGUGA